AGAAGAGUUUCAGGUAUCUUCAGGUGCAGUAGAUCAACCAGUAUGCUGGCGGCUGCGUAGCCAUAUGCAAUGUAAUGCAACUGUAAUAAUCAGUAUCUUAUAGGUAGUGAUGUAGGUUUACAAAAUACUCUUCACUCGGCUCACGUGUGAUCUGUGAUCAAUCUGAGGAAGAGGAAGAGGAAGACUGCGGCUCAUGGCUCUGAUUCUAUGCGCGUUUGUAUUGGUGUUCACCGGGAAAUGGGACAAGUCUGUCCUCGCAGAGGCUCAGUCUUGUGUGGAUGAGAGCAGGUUUAAGGAGCAGCUGCUCUAUGUGGGGCAGCAGAGGCCUCCAUAUCAGCUCAACUGCCCUCUGGAGCCCCAGAGCUCCCUUCAGCCCCAGCUGACCUGGCAGAAGGAGUGUCAGCCUCUCCCUACUCAGGGAGGAAAGGCCUACCUGGAGUUUGCCAGCCUCACCUUGCAAGAUCAAGGGAACUACACCUGUAUGCAACAGAGCAACAGGACAGCCUCAUUCACUGUGCGUCUCAUCGUUAAAGAGUCUCAGUGCUCCAAAGCCCCAGAAUUUAAGCCAAAUGGGGGCUCGAACGGACUCCGGAGGAACGUGGAAUGCACUGUGACACUGAACUGCACUGCUCUCCUCCAAUGGGACCCAACAGAAGAGCACUGUGACGGCACGCUGCAGUGGAGUAAAGAUGGCCAACCCCUCAGCAAUCACACACAUUACACGCAGAAUACCUCCUCAUGGUCUCCUGUUGUCGGCCAGCUGAUGGUGAACAGUCUGCUGGUGAUCAACCUCACAGAGCUGGAUGCUUUUGGGCUCUACAGCUGCACAGUGAGGAACCUUUCCUCUGACUUUAGUCUGCCGUACUCAAACUCUUUUGUGUGCUCAGACGGCCCCAACCACACAUCUGCUGUUCUUGCAGCCGUCUUUCUUCUUCUCCUCCUGGCUGUAGCUGCUGUUGUAUACUCCAGGUGUCACUUGAACAUCAAACUCUGGUACAGGAACUCCUACGGAGCCUAUGAAGUCAAUGAUGGCAAAUUAUAUGAUGCCUAUAUCUCUUAUGUGAACAAUGAUCACGACAGGAAGUUUGUCACCUUUAUUCUCAAACCUCACCUGGAGAAUAAAAUUGCGCUCAAGGUGCAACUCAAUGACAACGAUAUUCUACCUGGCUCAGAACCUUCUGCAGAGCUGCUCAUGAACAUCAGUCGCUCUCGGCGUUUGAUCGUGUUGCUCUCUCACGCUUACCUGGAGCAGGACUGGUGCUCCAAUAACUUCAGACAGGGCCUCCUGCACCUGCUGGAGUUGUGUCAGCGGCCCGUCCUCAUCAUGCUGGAGGGUCAGUCCAAACGCAUGAGGCCUGAGAUCAAGCAGCUGCUCAGUGAGCACCAGCACCGCCUCACCAUACUCACCUGGAGGCACAACUCUGUGACUCCGUUCUCCGUCUUCUGGAAGGAGCUGGCCUUAGCGAUGCCUCACAGAGUCGUCUUCCGUAGUGAGUCUGCAGGCGACCCUCAGACUGUGCUCCAAGAGGACAAGGACCCCAUGCUGACCCUCGACUCCGAAUUCCUUGACUGCCACUCAGACACAGACCCUGCUGGAGAUCUGGGGCUGCGCCUCCCUGUGUACAAGGCUCUGGCCUUUAAGGCCCCCGUCCUCCCUGCUGCUCCCAUCACUGCAGCUGAGCCCAAAUCCUCCGACAUCGACGUGUCGGACCUGGGAUCACGCAACUAUGGAGCCCGCUCAGACUUUUACUGCCUGGUCACUAAGGAGGACAUGUGAUCCACACUCCCCUCUCUGCUACUGAUGUAUACACCUACAGGGAGAUCUUUAUGAGCAUUGCUUUUUUAGUUUUCUAGUAAAUAUGUUUUUCUUUUAUGUACAGUGUGUGUUGAAAUCAGGUUUCCACUUACCAAAGACUGAUUUUUAUUGUUUUUGUGUAUUUUUUUACUGAGAAUUCUUUUUGUCUGAAAUAUUUGUUAAUUAGGGAAAGAAGUCACGUUUAAAUUGUCAUUUCACUGCCAACAUCUCUCAUAAAUUCCUCAGCAGAGGGCGGAGUGAAGUCAGAUAAAAUGAAGGAAUUCUGCUUCUUAAGCAGAUUUUCACAAUUUUACAAUUGUAAAUAAAAGUCAGAUUUAAAGCCAAAAUACUGGUAUCUGUUUGCACACUCAUCAGCUGAAGCAGGGCGAUGCUCAUGACUGAAGAACUCAUAGUUCUUGAUAUUUCUACACGGGGAGGUGUCUGUGUAUGAUGUAAACAGACUGAUUACACAGCAAUAUUGCUAAUAAAGCAGUUUGACCACA